AUGUCGAGGGUGACCGCCGUCUCGCCGUUCGAGCGGUGCUACGACCCGACGAAGCUGCCGCAGAAGCUUCUGGGCUACUUGGUGCCGCAGAUCGACGUGAUGCUGGAGGGCGGGCAGAACUUCACGGUGCUCGGCGGCAACUCCAUGGUGAAGGUGAACGCCAACACGGCCUGCCUCGGGUUCGUCCAGGCGGCGGGGCAGGCGCCGGCGGCGGUGAUCGGUGGGUUCCAGCUGGAGAACCGCCUGCUGGUGCUGGACGUGGAGAAGCAGCAGCUCGGAUUCACCACGUUCCUCAAUGCGAUCGGGCUUUCAUGCAGCAGCUUCAAUUUCACUCUCGCCGCGUAG